CGGAGAGUCAGCAGCGCGCGAGGUGGUCAUGGCCAGCGCGAGCCAGAGAGUGGUCCUCAUUACCGGCUGUUCUUCCGGGAUUGGGCUGCGGAUCGCCGUCCUAUUGGCCAAAGACGAGCAGAAGCGCUACUAUGGGUCGCGGGGGAGCCUGGAGCCUAUCCCAGGGAACUCGGGGCACAAGGCGAGGGACACCGUGGACACACAACCCCGCACACACAUUCACACACUACAGACUACAUAUUUGGAAAUGUCAAUCAGCCUACAGUGCAGGUCUUUGGCCUGAGGGAGGAAACCAGAGUUCCCAGAGGAAUCCCCCAAAGCACAGUGAUUGCCACCAUGCGGGACCUGAAGAAGAAGGACAAGCUGGUGCAGGCAGCAGGAGAUGCUUUCGGAAACACCCUGACGCUGCAAGCUCUGGAUGUGUGCAGCGAUGACUCAGUUAGGCAGUGCAUCAGUAGGGUUAAAGACCGACACAUCGACAUCCUCAUAAACAACGCAGGCGUGGGCUUGCUCGGCCCCGUGGAGAGCAUCAGCCUGGACCAGAUGAAGACGGUGUUCGAGACCAAUUUUUUUGGCACCGUGCGCAUGAUUAAAGAGGUCAUGCCCGAUAUGAAGAGACGCAGAAUGGGGCACAUCAUCGUCAUGAGCAGCGUCAUGGGCAUGCAGGGCGUAGUGUUUAAUGACGUCUACACGGCCUCCAAGUUUGCCAUCGAGGGUUUCUGUGAAAGCUUGGCAGUCCAGCUGCUCAAGUUUAAUGUCAAGUUGUCUCUGAUCGAGCCUGGGCCCGUGCACACUGAGUUUGAGGCGAAGAUGAUGGAAGAAGUGGCCAAGAUGGAGUUUCCGGGAGCAGAUGCAGACACAGUGAGAUACUUUAAGGACGUGUACAUGCCGUCCUCCAUCGAUAUCUUCGAGGCAAUGGGGCAGACGCCAGACGACAUUGCGAAAUGCACUAAGAAGGUGAUCGAGUCGAGCAACCCUCGCUUCAGGAACCUCACUAACAGCCUUUACACCCCCAUCGUAGCCAUGAAGUACGCAGACGAGACGGGCGGCCUGUCGGUGCACACCUUCUACAACCUGCUGUUUAACUUCGGCUCCCUAAUGCACAUCACCAUGAGCAUCCUGAAAUGCCUGACCUGCAGCUGCCUGCGCAGACGCACCAUAUCACCUGACUGAACACACACACACACACACACACAAUGAACAGACUGAUGUGAACACAUUUGGAUGCAUUUGUGGAUUUCAGUGUAUGUGACUCGAUUUCCUGUUCCUGUUACCUCUCUUCUGAAACUUGAGAUUCAAUUUACCAACUAACUUAAACGCUUCUGUUUUCCUAAAUUGUACUAGCGGAAGACGUUAAAGAUGCUAAAGUAAAUUAUCAUGCUAUUUAUGAGGAUUGGGAAAUCGAGAAUUAGAACGUUUUUCAAAUCAGAUAGCGGAUUCUAAUCAAGAAAAGUCUAAAACAAUCACCUUGUAAAAGUAAGCCUUCGUAAGACUCGUAAGUCUUAAUCUUAGUGCUUGUCAUUAGCUGCUUUUACGCACUAAUGAUUUCAGUGAAGUCUGUUGUGAAAGUCUGUUUAAAGCUCUUCGUUGUUUUGUAUUUGAUAUCGUCUCGUGUUUACGUCGGUAUCUCCACCCUGAAUUGGAAAUAAUCUAUUUUUUAUAUCGAAUCUGAAUAUUUAGAAUCUAUUGUAGACUAAAUGUGGUUUGAUUUUAGAAUAAAACCAGGCUGUGAUCUAA